GCUAUGAGCAACGAAAUCAAAGCGUCCUUUCACGAGAUAUUGAAUAAAAAUACUUGGCUCUCCAACCAAACAAAGGCACGAGCAAAGUCUAAACUAUCAUCAAUGGGUUUCAAUGUUGGAUAUCCAGAAUCUCUUUUAGACGAUGAUAAACUCAAUGCAUACUACUCUAAUAUUUUUAAACCUGGAUAUGAAUCGCUCGAGUACUUCGAGUUGUGUCUGGUGCUUGUUAAAAACUGCGCAUUAGAAAAAAUAAAUAUCUUGGUAGCGAAUGUAGACUACCAGGAAAAAUGGCCUGAAUCUACAUCUUAUGUUAACGCUUAUUACCAAAUUGGAUCCAACAGCAUGUAUAUUCUAGCUGGUGUCUUAGAAGAACCAGCGUACUACGCUUAUGGCACAAGCUCUAUGAAAUAUGGCGGUAUUGGAUCAAUUAUCGGCCAUGAAAUAUCCCAUGGAUUUGAUACUCAGGGUUCACAAUUUGAUGAAAUUGGAGAACGCAAUAACUGGUGGACUUGGUACGACCGAUAUAUCUAUCUUUAUCUUGCAUCUUGCUAUGCUCUUCAAUACAAUGAUUACAAAUGGGAUGGUCACAAAGUGGAUGGUUACAAGACCCUUGAUGAGAAUAUAGCGGAUAAUACAGGGUUAGAGCAAACCUACAGGGCUUACAGAAAAUGGGUAAAAAUUCAAGGUGCAGAAGAAGAACAGUUACCUGACCUUGAUCUUACUCAUGACCAGAUUUUCUUCGUUAGCUACGCGCAGUUAUGGUGCACUAAAGUACGAGAGGAAGUAUAUCAACACUUUAUAAAUCACGAGCGACAUUCUCAUGGAAACGUUCGCGUCCAAGGACCAAUCAGCAACUCUCAGUAUUUUGCUAGAGCUUUCAAUUGUAAGAUCAACUCCACCAUGAAUCCUGAGAAAAAGUGUUUUCUAUUUGAUAUGUACAAUUAAUUUGCAUUAUGUAUUAAAUGCUAAAUAAUCGCCAGGAUCUGAAUGAUUAUCUUGAUGGAAUGCUCUGUUAUUUUACAAAAGAGUAUAUUUAUCUUACAAUAUAUAUAUAUAUAUAUAUAUA